CGCCGCGAGGGGCUGCCCACUCGCCGCCGCGGGGGGCCGGUGGGAGGACGCCACCGGGUCCGUGUUAUAACGUGGCCACUUCUGGAGGACGAGGAGUAGAGAGCGGGGGGCCGACGUCCUCUCCGAGUCGCGCCCCUCAUCUGACAUCGCGGAGUGGCGUAAACACACGACAGACAAAGGUGCAGCCUGAGGACGAGGAGCAUCAAGGGGGUAUAAUUCCAACCGGCGCGGGUUCCAGCGUUAUGAUAAAGGACCCGACGCCGUCGUCGACGGCAGCAUCGUCUCCCUCCCCCGUCGUGCGCACCAGGCAACAGCUGACCAACUACCUACAUUCCCCGCCGAGCUUAUCAUGAAGAAAUUCAUUGACCACACUGCGGCCCUGAAUUUGUAAUGCAGAAUAGGGCGCAAACAAAAACAUAGAAAUCGGAAAUUGAAUACCAUACACGAGAUAGAAUUAGAAAGAUAGAAUAUGGGCUGCACCAUGAGCAUUAUUUCAAAAUGUACAUACUCAAGACAAAUUUCUGGCCAAGAGGCUUGUUUUUUUUUUUGACGAUAGAGCUCUCCAAGUUCCAGCUCGCGGCAGCAGAAUGUGGACGUUUGGGCGCGGUUGGAGGAGUAUGCAUUGCAUUUGCAAAAGUGUCGUACCUGGUAGGUGUAGCAACAGAAUGAACAAAAUCAGUAAGUGCAUGAAAUUUUUCAGGUGGAGUUUGUAACGCCGAUUCAGACAAGAAGAAGAUAGAUUCAUCAUUCUUGUUUGCAAUUAGCAGCACGACCCCACGCACGAGUACUUUUGCAGUGAAUAAAGAGGAGGAAGAGAGGGAAUUUUUGCAGGAAGCCACGACCGUCGCGACCAUUGAAUCUUAUCUACAAAUGAACUACGGCCCCCGUGCGUCAUCUUCCGUCGCAGGAGCUCCAACUUCCUUGGAUGGUUCCUACCAUGCGGAUCAAGACGCGGCGGGAGUGGACGAGGACAGCUGCAGCACAUCUUCCGUACUGGAAAGUCCAUCCUGCAAAAGAGAUUCUUGUAUUAACUCGCCCGCAACAAGGGCUGCUCCGGCAGCCUCGUCGUCUUCGCGGAGCGGGGCAGGGGGUUCUGGACCGCUUCCGUUUACUUCUUCUACUCAGACAAGACCUGAUAUGGAACUGUCAGGAUUGAAAUCGUCAAAGUUGAAAUGAUUUGUGAUGCAUAAAAUGCAACGCAGAAAAUGCCUGCCUUGCAGAGUAGGCAAGGGAGGCAGAUUGUGAGCCUGUUGCGGGGUAGGAAUAGAGCUGCUAAAGCAGCAUGACAAAAGGCGUCUUCCUUACCCAAACAGCAUUACAAACUGGAUUUCGGCUCUACUCAAAUUUGUCAUGCGCCGCUUAGAAAUUGGGCUUGCAACUGGCAUCGAUUUUGUGCAUUACAAGUUUUUUCAACUCUGACGAUUUCAAACCUGACACAUCCAUACCUGACCAGCUGCAGUCCGGAGCAGAAAUGACUCAUCACCGGCGAAACCUCCAGAUGAAGCAAAGCUUGAAAAUACAGGAUCCUGCAGGGGUCCAAGCCCGACCAAAUGCUCCACAGAGAGAACACACUGGGUCUUCUCUGCAACGGAGGAAAGCUGCCAGGGUAGGCGAGCAGCCCGCGGCGGUGACCCAGAUGGCUGCUGCACAGGAUUUGAAUAUUACAAGUAACAGGACCUCGUCCACCACCGCUGGGGGUACCGCGGAGCAACAGUUGCUUGCUCCUGAUCACCCUCCCGGGAGCAGCUGCACUUACGGCAAAAACGCUAGUGUAGUUCCACCCGCCUCCGCUUUUGUUCAUUCGGGGGGGCCAGUAGUACUACCUUCCGCAGGAGGACCUGCAGGACAAGAACAUCUUCGGUUGUUAACCGACACGAAAAGCACCGCUAAAUCAUGUAAAUUAUCCACUGCGAAUCAUCCCAUGAUCACGCAUUUCAACGAGGAAAGUGCGCCCGACCUUGGGUUUGACUUCGACUUUGACAACAUCACGGAGAAACAGCUUUCCAACCUGACCGAGCGUAUCAAGCAGCACCCCGAGGAGUUGCUGCCCUUGAAAUUUGUGCAAACCUUGAUUUACAAGGUGCACCAGCUGUACAAGCAGCAAUACCGGCAGCCGCUCGUCUUCCUAGAGCCGCCGAAAAAGGGCCGAAUGGUCAUCGUGGGCGACAUAUCAAAUGCAAAAGCAUCGUACUCGUAUAAAUGCAUUACAAAUUUCCUCAGCAUGAGAAAUAGAAUCUGUAAUGCGGACUUACCUUAAAAAAAGAAGAUUUGUAAUGCAUGAUUGCAAUACGAGUGCGAUACAGUUGCACUUGAUACGACACGCACGGCCAGCUGGAGGAUUUGCUGUGGAUUUUUUUCAAGUACGGCAGGCCGAGUAGCUAUGGGAGUGUCAGGAUUGAAAUCGACAAAGGUGAAAUAACUUGCAAUGCAUAAAGUCGAUACCAGUUGGAAGCCCAAUUGUCAAGCAGGGCAUGACAAAUUUCAAGCGCGUCUAAAUCCAGUUUUUCAUGUUGUUUAGGGACAGAAGGCGUCCUUUGUCAUGCUACUUUAGCAGCUGCAUCGCAGACCCCAAACAGGCUGACAGUCGGCCUCGCUUGCCAUCCCUGCAAGAGAGGCACUUCAUGCCUUGCAAUUUAUGCAUGAGAAAUUCACUCAACUUUGACGAUUUCAGUCCUGACGCUUCCAUAGUAGCACCAACGUUUACUUUUUCAACGGCGACAUGGUUGACCGGGGCAUGUUCGGCACCGAGAUUCUGCUGCUCAUGUACGCGCAUCAGCUAUUCGACAGGCACUCGGUUCACGUAAACCGGGGGAAAUAUGAAAGUGCACAGAAUUAUUUUUUUUUUCUUGCCCCUGUUCUUUCCGGUCAUUGUCUACAGCAACACAGGCCGCGCCGGGGGCAGUGAUCAACAUGGAAUUCAAAUUUAUUCUGCAUGGCAGCUGAUCUUGAUAAAAUCAUCACAGCAAAAAUCAGACACGCCGAAAAAUAUCAACAUGACAAGCGCUACAAUUUCUUUUGAAGGCCGACUUAAACUGUGGCACAAAGGAGGUAGAAGUAGAUGAGUAAACUCUUGUGCACUUUCAUAGCAACCACGAGGACGCCAACAUGAACGAGCGGGACCGGGCCAUUGGCGGUGGGUUUGCCCAGGAGUGCCGGAAAAAGUACGGCAACGAUGUCUUCCAGCUGAUUCAGAAGACCUUCAACUUGAUGCCCCUCGCGACCAUCGUGUCGGAGAAGCUGCUGAUCAUCCACGGGGGCCUGUUUCGGUGCCCGAACGUGACCCUGAAGCAGCUGAACAAGGUGGAACGCGUGCGGACGUGUCCGGAACACCCGCAGACAGUGAUGGACUGGAUCUUUUUCGAUUCGCUGUGGGCCGACCCGAAUCCCACGAAGUCCAAGGGCAUUUCGAUAUGCAUUGCAAAAGUAUCGUACUAGUGUAAAUGAUCGCAUCACAAAUUUCCCCAAGAACAAAAAUGCAACUUGUCAUGCUGGACAAGGUAGAAAGUUAGAUUUGUAAUCCAUGCCUGCUAUUGCUACGAGUACGAUGCUUUUGCAUUUCAUAUUCGAAGCGCGGCGACGAUUGCUUUUCGUUCGGGUCGGAAACGACGAAGAAAUUUCUGAAGGAGAACCACCUGCACAUGGUGGUGCGAAGUCACGAACUCCCCGCAAACAGCCGGGGCUUCCAAGUGCACCACGAUUCCAAGUUGAUCACCAUUUUUAUGGAACUGUCUUCAGGGUCGAAAUUGACAAAGUUGACAUGCUUUAUUGUAUGCAGUGGACAAACUCGAUUCCAGUUGGGCCCACAGUUUGUAGUCGGCGCAUGACAAAUUUUGCCCGUGCCGGGGGCGGAUCUGUUACGCUGCUGAAGACAGAAGACCUGCUCCCCUCUGUCAUGCUAGUCAACAACCCGACUCCUGACCCUUAGCAGGACUGUAAUCGGCCUUCCUUGCAUCUCUUGCAAUAACAUCUUUUUUUGCGACGUCGCAUUCUAUAGCUAUGCGUUGCAGAUUAUCUCAACAACUUUGUCAAUAUCGCUCCUGACACUCCCAUAAUUUUCUCGGCCUCCAACUACUGCGGGACCAGCGGAAACUACGGGGCCGUGAUGCUGCUGCAGCCGUCCCUGGAAUUCGAAAUCUUCGAGCACUGGGCGCCCAACCUGAGGGAAAUUCUGGACCUGGAGCAGGAGAACAUCCAGGCCUGCAGAAAAAUUCUGCACACGCUGGAGGACCUCACGCGCAAGGAGGAGAAUUACAAAUCGGUGAUGCGGCAACAGUCGGUGUGCAAUCUGGAAAACGAAAUCAUCACGAAGCUGAAGGUGAAAAUUUGCGAGAAGAAGGAGCAGCUGAAGUUCUGGUGGAGCAGCUUGGGCGGGACCAGCGACCUGAUCGGCAUGGCAGAUUUCGUGGAGGGGCUCAGUUCCUGUGUCGGCGAAAACGUUCCCUGGCAGAACCUUAUAGAAAAACACCUCGACCUGCCGACCGUUGUGGUGCCGCGCAACAAGAACAACAACUUCGCUGAAGAUGUUGGACCACAAGCAGUGGAAGCUGCAGCGGAGGCGGUAGCACCGCCACCUGUGGUUUCGAAUAUUAAAGUCGUGAAUUGGCGGACGUUUCUGCAUCGGUUUCGGGUGGAGCUCGACAAUGUGAACAACGUAACGUGGAUACGCGACGCGAUCGUGACGCUCUUCACGGCGAUCUGGAAGGCCAACCUUCCGCUGCGCCAGCUGUUUGCGUUGUUCGACUUGAAUCUGAGCGGGUCCGUGACGGUUGAUUCCUUCAAGGCGGUGGUGUGCGGCUUCGAGCUUGGCUUCAGCGACAGUGAGUGCCUGGAGCUCUACGCCUGCAUUGCGACUCUGCAUCACCACGCUUUCAAGAACCCAAUGGAUUUUCACACCAGUGCUGGUGGGGCUAAUGUGAACAAAGGCCGCGGUGACGCAAAGCAAGAACAUGUGUCUGCUGCCACCGGGUCCUCAUCUUCAUCUUCCUCCGGAGAAGAUCAAGAGAAAAAUCACCACACAACUGGAAAACCAUCUACUUCCGGUGGCAAUAAACGGGAUGACGUAACAAGCGAAAAAGAAGCAGGCCAGGACGACGUUGUCACUGGAACAGCAAAGGCGCACGGCGGAGCAAGCGCUGCAGCAACUUGCAGUACGACCACGAGCAUUCUCCAGUUCCUGUCCAAUUUCGAGUUCGCCUUCCAUCACGUAAGCUCCGUGCAACAGGGCGGGCACGAACAAGAAAUAGGGCGACAACAUUUAUUUCGUUCUCCUUGUUGUUCGCAGCCUGCAGACUCUUCUUCAGUGCUUCUGGGGCGAUCUGUUGAUCAUGAAGAGCGGCACUACAUCAACCCGCAGCGAGACCACGAGGAAGGUGGCCCGGCUCUACAGCUUUUGUGCAUUCUGUAUCGAAAUCUCAGUGCGGAGGUCGAGCGGGAACGACUGGAGCAAGAGCAGCUCCACCUGUGUCAGAAUGGCAACAACGUACUCAAUUCGGUAUCUAAUCCUGGCAAUCCGAAUCCCACGUCGUCGGCACAGAAGAUGUUGACGAACACCACGUCCUCUCCACCAAUCACAGCGCACUAUAAUCAGCGGUCGAGCCUACAACUUGAUGCGGACUUUGCCAACGAAGUGCAGACGAAGCUCCUGCACUUGUUCGAGCACGCGGACGCAGACCAGGAUGGGUUCCUCAAUGAGGAGGAGAUGAAGGUUUUUCUCGACCGAGCGAGCGUGCUGUCCGAGAUGAUUCCCGCAUGGAAGUUGCAGGACGAUAGCUUGACAAAGCUAGCGGUCGGCUUCAUCGACGAAGUUGUGACACACACAGGGAUUUUUUUUGAGCAAGCAACUACAUCCCUACAAAGCGGUGCUUCAUCCUACUUUCUCCCAAUAAACAUGCCAGAUCGAAAACUGUCUUUUUGUGCCCUGUUGCACGCCUUUAACUCAGUUUUUCGUAGCAACAUGCGUAGGGUUGAUCAGCAGGGCCAACAACAACAGCGCAACGUGGAGGUUGUCUCAUCCCGAGUAGACAACGGUCCUCCACGAGAUGAAGACACAAAUCGAUCCGGCACGACCAUGGCGAUGGCCAGCUGCUCCCCGCCGCCAAUCAUUCCGACUUUGGACGGAGAUCCACAGUUGGACGCGAUCGCCCUCCUGUUGUACCACAAUCGAAGGGCGUUGCGGAAGGCGUUGCAGCAUUUUGACCCGAACAGCACCUACCUGGUGGAGCCAAAGCACUUCAAGUACGCGCUGCAAGGACUGAAAAUCGCCACGGAGAAUAGAAGCAACAAGUUCAAAUCCUGCACAUCCGCGGGUUGUAGUUCUGGAAGCUCUUUUUCACCAUCUUCGGGAGAGCGAAUCACGUUCUGGAAAACGGUCGGGGAAAUUGACGACUUUGUUGCGAGGUUGGUGCCGCCUUGUAGUUUAUCGGCGGCUGACAGGAUGAGAAACGUCGAGCAAACAGCAUUUAUCAAUUACGAUGCGGUGCUGGAUAGUUUCACUGUUGUGGACAUGCAUUGCACUACCACCGCAAGCUCGACGCCCGGAUCCAGUUCGUCAACCCAGACGACCACGGGGUUAUUAGUUCCCCCACCGACGAUGAGCUCUGGUGCUGGUUCUGGUGCAAGGGCGCAGGUAACAGCACACGAUGGACCAUACGCGACGAGCACCCCGGAAGGGGGCAACUCUAACUUUACCUCGACGUCCUCCCGUGUGUCCUGGGGGAAGAGCUCAAGAACACCGGACACAAUAGCUGCAAGUUCGUCGUCAUCAGCAGGUGCAAUGAUCGCACACGAAGGGGACGACAACUGCAGUCAUCAUGUUGUAACUGGUAGCGAUUCCGAUCCCUCGCAGCUGCACCAUGGAACAAGCAAGCGCGGUUAUACGACCAAUAGGAUUAGCACUUUUAUCUCUCCGCACAGUCAACAUCCUCAUGGUAGGUCGGUGGCAGCAAACUCGUACUCCCGCACUUGGAGAAAGCGCUGCAGCACUUUGGGGUUUGUCCAGCCUAGUCACCCCCCGCACACGACCGGCAUAACUAGGGCACACAACAGAAGAAACGGCGCUCCCGCAGCAGCUCCAGGCUCUUUUGCUUCGCUUACUCCUGACUCAACUUCUCAUCCUGGAGCAGAAUAUCGAUGUGCACAGGAGCUGCAGGACGAAACCACGAGUAACCACUGCGAAAACGGCGCCAAGGAAUUACAGGAAGCACAAGGGGACCAGCCGGGGCCAUCCCCAUCCUCAAGGUUACGCGAUUAUACGCUAGAUGCAGUCUCGGCGACGAGCAACACUACUUCUGAGCACACGCGCAGUGAAAGUGAUCGAGUACUACGCCACGAAAGGCGCUGCAAGACUGGGGAAGAAGUUCCGAGUGGUCGUGCCGCUGCAUGUGUCGAAGGCCACGACCAGGAUUUUUCUUCUCCUGGUAAAAAUCAUGCGAGUGCUACGCGUCCCAGUGCCUCUAGUGAAGAGGUAUCAACAGGGCAGUCGCUAGAAGAUCCUCCAUCAUCGUCGACGCCACCACCGGUCGACAUUGCCGUGGCGGCGCGAAAAUCAGUGUCCGAAGUUUUGCAGCAGCUGGUCGUGUAUUCUGUGCAAAAGUAUCGUACUCGUAGUAAUCGCAAUCAUGCAUUGCAAAUGCCUUUUUUAUGGUGAACCCGCAUGAUGACAAGUUCCCUCGUCAUGUUCAGCUAAUUUGUACUGCAAUUACUACUUACUGCGAUACUUUUGCAAUUCAUAUCGUGGUGCCACCGAGCGGCGGGCACGGUCAAGGUCAUCCUGUUGAGCGGCUUUUUUCAUUUCCGGCGGGACACCAGCGAGAAAUUAUAACUGGUGUGGAAAUAAAAGACCGAGAACGUCGCGACCGUCGAGAAUUAUUUCCUUCGCGGCCUCAUCAAGAACAGCAUGAAGUAGACCACCAGCUGAAGACUGAGGCUUCCGCUGGCUGUUCCGUUCAUCUUCCCGCGAAGCAACUACAGCGACCGAAGGAGAGAACUCCUGAUCAUCGACGUCAUCAGGUUCUUCAGGCAUCUUCAGAGGGAAAGAACUCGCCUGCGAAGGAUCCGACGAGUCACGGCUCUCGUCGCUCACCUCCACCAGCAGCACGGGGCGACAAAAACACCAAUGGCGGCAGCAGCUGCACGCAAGAAAGAGCUGUGAGCACAAGCUCCGAAGAACGUCGCGCCAGCUCUAGCGUUCUGCUAUGCCCGUGUCAGGGGGCGAGUGGAAAAGUUUUCAAAACGAUAUUGGAUUUUUUGUGUUGGGCUGCUAGGGUCUGCAUCGCCACGACAAGCAUGAUAAGGGAAAGUCUUCUAGUACUGUCACUGUGAUUGAUGUACUAGCAUGAAGAAUUAUGCAUAUUUGCAAAGCAUUGUACGAAUGAAAACUUCUUUUGUGUAUCGACCCCAACAAACCCAAGCCGUGCUGUGCGCACUCUGGUUUGGACUUCUCUGAUCCCUUUUUGCAUCACAAAUCAUACCAGGCACGACCUUCCCCUUCGCGAUGAUGUAAAGACUUGCCCCCACUCUGGUUGAGCGCUCCAUACAGAAAGCGCCCGUCUACGGGAGAAAAAUCGUACGACUCCAGGGCAACCUUUAGCAACACGUCGAGCCUAUCGCACAGACACAACGGAUUAUAAUAUAUGAAGAAACCAUUACGGAUACGGUGGAUGGCGUUUUAGUUAUUUUCACGAAAAUUUCGAUUUCGAGGAGCAGAGCAUCGGCAUGUUCUAAUUGAGCCAACUAAAAUCGUAUUUUGUAGGUGACAACGACAUCUUCUAGCACGUGCCCUUCUCUAGUGUGGCUCGAUCUCGAGUGUAUUUUAGCCACAGUACGAGGUCGUUGCGUACGCUCUAUUGUAGAAAGUUUUUGAUUCUAGGAUUAUGCCACUGUGGUCAUGAUUGUUCUUUUGUGUCAGCAUCUCUUGUUUCCGUGUGAUAGCAGUCUCCUUCGCCCAAACUGGAGAAUCUGUAUCCUGUGCAAAAGUAUCGUACUCGUAUAAAUGCAAAUCUUGCAUUACAAAUCUUGUUCCCAAGGCAAAUUUGCAUUACAAAUUUCAUUUGUCACGCUGAGGAAAUUUGUAAUGCAUUUACACGAGUGCGAUUAUAUUUUUGCAGUGCAUAAUCUGUGUGGUACAGCAAGGACCCCAACGCCGAACCGCAACCGCACGAGCAGCGGCCUACUGGAUCAACCGCCUGCUAGUACUAGUGCAGGUCAACACGUUCGUGGUGCGUCACCGUCUUCUCCCGCCGCUGCCCAUUUUGUCGAGCAGGACGAACAAGAGGAGGAAAAGUUGCUGUCACCGAGAAGCUAUGCAUUGCAAAAGAAGUUCUUACGUACUGGUGUAAACUGCAAUACAAAUGAUCUUGCCAGAAAUUUGUAGAAGUCCUGAUUUUUGCUAGAAAGCCAUCCUGCUGCAUGACUGCGAUUUAUACGAGGAGUGCGAUACAAUUUUUGCACUGGAUAGAAGCGCCGCGGAGCUCUUGGGCCUGGGGAGCGUGCGCUUGUGAGGAGGAGAAGAAACUUUCUGGUAGGGGCGACUGUGCUCGCGUUGCGAGUACUGGAAUUACAGAUUGUCCAGCUCCGGAUGGAGACACCAUUAACCGCAGCUUUUUGUCUUCCUCUCUGUGUAGUAAAUGACGAUACUAAACCAAAGAACUUCAACUUGUUAGUAAUGUCGUUUCCGUUUUAAUCGAUGUGUACAAGUACAACUACAACUUUCUUGAGCUUCAUGUAUACGUAAUUUCUAGAAUAUUUUUCCAUUCCCCCACAAAGUUGAAACCACAAAGCCUGGUAAGAAACCAAAGUACGUGACGUGCCCUUCAAGUUCGCCUUCGCCGUUUUUUGAAGAAAAGCUUGCGUUUUUUUCAAUAUCAAGUCCUCCGACCGUCCGACUGUGUCUCCACACACCUGUGCUGUCGUGCCUGCUUCUAUACUCGUCAUUCGUGCCUUUUUGUGCAAUAGCCUUCUUGUCUGAUAUUUUUCGUGUUGAGAUGAACAAAAAAACGCACCGACUUCGAUAAGAUUUUGAGGUAACUACAACAUCAAAAAUAUGACCUUAGCUCAAUUGCGUUGAUUCUAGGAUAAACGUGUGUGCGAGCAAUUUCUUCUUUGACUGCUAUCGUGAUGUCUAUCGUUUGGGCGGUGUAUCUGUAUUGGAUUAACCACUCGAAUUUCAAAAAGGUUGGAAUGUUGAAUACUCAUGCCCGGCUCCUGUUGGAUCUACCUCUUCAUCCGGAUUUCGUAUGAUCGACCGUUUCACGCCGGUAAGAAUAGCAAACUACGGCACCUCUGUUGCUACCAUUCACAACGAUGUUGACAAUAAGUUCGCGGAUCAUGGUGGUCCGCAUAGUUGAUAUAUGAUAUCUUUGUCUACUAGUUGUCUAUGAACAUUAACUUCAGACUUGCAUAGAAAUGGUCGCCGUCGAUACUAGAAGAAAACGACUAGUAAAAGCACAACUUGCUUUCCUCUACUGGGGUAGAAGCAGCUCCACCGAUUUUGCGGCCAAAAAAAGAGAUUUUGUAUUUGAUGGGAUCAUGUCUGUCGUCGUUAUCACUAAGAAUGAACUUUGAAAAAUAAAAAAGACUUAUAUACAGAACUUGAUGCUAACAGGAAGACAAGAGGAUGAGGAACAGACAAAAACUGUGACUCUCACUCUCAACACAUAC